ACUGUGGCUCCAGACAGGGUCGGAACAUAAAUCUCCAGCACUUUUGAGAAACCAGGCAGAAGCAGAAGGCGGCGAUCAGUAGUGAUGAACAUCUAGACGGGACGUCCUGCUCAAGAUUGACAUUGCGCGGCGGCGAGCUUAAGGUGAAAAGAGUUCUGGCAUAACUGGAUUGCUCUCUUCAUUUGCAGUGGAAGAGCAAAAAGAGUGAAGGACCUAAAAGACAUCUGUGCUGUUCUUCCCUCCCAUCCAUGAUGCGGGACUCUGUCUUCAACUGCUGUGUUUCUCCACCUCAUCCUCCUAGAGGAGUGGAGGAGCCCCACCAGCACAGAAGCAGAGCUCAGGCUCCGCCCCCUAACGACAGGCGUUUCCUCAUAUUCUUUGACUUUGACGAGACCCUGGUGGACGAGUGCAGCGACGACUCUAUGGUUACUGUGGCGCCUGGUGGAGUCCUGCCCGGCUGGUUGAAGGACACCUACCGUUCUGGCCACUACAGUGAGUACAUGCAGCGUGUGCUGGCUUACCUCGCCGAACAGGGAGUCACCCCGGCGGCUAUUCGAGACACAGUGAAGAAACUCCCUCCCUGCCCAGGCAUCCCCACUUUGAUGCAUUUCCUGCUUUCCCAGCCUUCAAGGGACUUUGAAGUCAUUUGUGUGUCAGACGCCAAUACUGUGUUCAUCGAGACUUGGCUGCAGCACCUGGGCUUCCACUCGCUAUUUCUGCGCAUUUUCACCAACCCAGCUCACUUUGAUGAUAAUGGGCGGCUGCAGCUUCACCCCUUCCACUCCCAUGAGUGCCUGCGAUGCCCUCCGAACAUGUGCAAAGCGGUAGUGGUGAGGCAGUACGUGGCCCAGCGCGUGCGAGAGAGGAGCGGACGGCCGUACCAGAAGGUUUUGUAUGUGGGCGAUGGGGCCAAUGACUUUUGCCCAUCACUCACACUGUCACCGGGUGACAUUGCAUUCCCACGCAGGGACUUUCCAAUGCACAAACUGAUCCAGGAGAUGGAGGAAGCCAAACCUGGAGAGUUCAAGGCCAGUGUGGUGCCCUGGAACAGUGGAGAAGAUGUCAUCAACACCCUGAGGAAGAUAUUAGAGAGGCCCUAAAUAUAUUAUACAGGCACCUAAAUGAGGCCCUAAUAAUGUAUAGGGCUUUCUAGAGUACAUUGCAAACUCUUUUGGUUUUGCCAAAUAUGCAUCAGCUUAGUUCUGUCUAGAAACUGCCAGGCUGUUUAUGGUCUUUUAAUAAGAUGCAUUGUUUGUACAGUUGAAAUAACACUGCUAUAAACUUACAUUUAAAUACACAGACACAUCCAAAUGAGAAUGGAUUUAUAAUGUGUGCAUAUGAUUGAGCGUAGACUUUUUAAAAUCUGUUUGUAUUAACACUAAGACUGGCCAGUGGUGUCUAUCCCUAAAUGCAUUAUUAUUAUUAUUAUUAUUAUUAUUAUUAUGCUUAGGACCAAUUUCUGUACUGUACUGUCAUUCACACAUAUAUGUAGUUUUAAAGAUGAAAAUCUGAGAGGUGCUAUAGGUGAUUAUUUAUGUGAAAAAUGCUAAUCUAAUUCACUAAAAUUAUCAUCUUACUAAUGAGAACUUCAGAUGGUUAGUCUUUGCUGUUGAAAUACUGUGUUUAUUGUAUGUUAUGGUUUUUAAUAGUAAACUUGAACCCAUCCUCAGUUGGCAGGACGUGUUGUACUUUUAACUUAUGCUGAAUUUUUGUUUGUCUGUGUUUGUUCCUUUCUCUUAUGCAAAGUCAGUGAACUCUGGAAGUGAGACUAUGGAUCUGAGACCUCUGAACAUCACCAGCAUGGUUAUAAAGCCAUUCACUCACAAUACAUUUUCUACUUUCUGAAUGUCUUUAAUCUUAUCCAACUCAUUCAUAGGAGUAAAAAAAAUUAAUAAAACCAUUCCUUACUCUUGCUUUUA